UGUGCACAGCGGCUGCCGCCAUGAUAGAACAGCAGAAGCGAAAAGGUCCAGAGCUACCGCUGGUCCCGGUCAAGCGGCAGCGCCAUGAAUUGCUGUUGGGAACCGCAGGGUCUGGCCCUGGAACGGGGCAACAGCCAGCGGCGCCGGGAGCUUUACUGCAGGCGGGCCCUCCAAGGUGUUCCUCCCUUCAGGCUCCAAUCAUGCUGCUCUCAGGACACGAAGGCGAAGUAUACUGCUGCAAGUUCCACCCCAGUGGAUCUACCCUGGCGUCUGCAGGAUUCGACCGACUGAUAUUGCUAUGGAAUGUCUAUGGCGACUGUGAUAACUACGCCACGCUGAAGGGGCACAGCGGAGCCGUGAUGGAGCUGCAUUACAACACAGACGGCAGUAUGCUCUUCUCAGCAUCCACAGAUAAAACUGUUGCAGUGUGGGAUAGUGAGACAGGCGAGAGAGUUAAAAGGCUGAAGGGACAUACUUCCUUUGUGAAUUCUUGUUAUCCAGCCAGGAGAGGCCCCCAGCUUGUCUGUACUGGGAGUGACGACGGAACAGUUAAGCUUUGGGAUAUCCGGAAGAAGGCAGCCGUCCAGACAUUUCAGAACACGUACCAGGUGCUGGCAGUGACCUUCAAUGACACAAGUGACCAGAUUAUUUCGGGUGGAAUAGACAAUGACAUCAAGGUCUGGGACCUCCGCCAAAACAAGUUAACCUAUACCAUGAGAGGCCAUGCGGAUUCUGUGACUGGACUGAGUUUAAGUUCUGAAGGCUCUUACCUCUUGUCUAAUGCAAUGGACAAUACUGUGCGAGUAUGGGAUGUCCGGCCUUUUGCUCCCAAGGAGAGAUGUGUGAAAAUAUUUCAAGGAAAUGUGCACAACUUUGAAAAGAAUCUUCUGAGAUGUUCUUGGUCACCUGAUGGGAGCAAGAUAGCAGCUGGCUCAGCUGACAGGUUUGUGUAUGUGUGGGAUACCACAAGCAGAAGGAUACUGUAUAAGCUGCCUGGCCAUGCUGGCUCCAUCAAUGAAGUAGCCUUCCAUCCUGAUGAGCCCAUCAUUCUGUCAGCAUCCAGUGACAAGAGACUGUACAUGGGGGAGAUCCAGUGAGGAUGCAGAUGGAAGACGCCAAGGCUGCUUGACCUGAAAGCCACCGACUCCAUGAGUGCUACCGAGUGGUACCCAGGCUAGCAUCCACCCACACAUAAGCGUGACUAGCAAGAAGCAGAGGAGGCCAUGGCCAUAUUUCUGCAACCGCCGUAUCCCGUGUCACGAGGAAGGUGGAAGAGGCGCCUGGUGGCCUCCAAAACCGCCUGCCAGAUUUCAGGGACUGGUUUUCAUCUGUUUGUUUUUCACUCUUUUAUUAUUUUUAAUUUUUUAAAUGAGGUUUCUUCAAAAGAAUAAAUAUUGAUUGGUUUAUAGUUUCCUGUUUUCUGAUCCAGGCGAAGACAGGGAAUGUGACUGAAAUUUGUUAAUUGGGUUUUGUCUUAUCAUAACUCAGUAACUGGCGUGUAUAUUUUCUUCCUGUGUUUCUCUGAGUCAUUUUGUAUUACAAGCCAAAUAGACGCCUUUUCACCAGAGCCACAGGG